AUACAUGAUGAAAAUAACAGAAGCAGACGAGAACUGGACACAGUAGGUGUUAGUUUUGCAAUCAGACCAUCAACAGCUGUUCAUGUGCACAUGCAUAUUUUCUUAUUGUUCGCAUUAAUUAAUCUGAUAUCCUACGUACAGUCCGUGCGAUUUUUUGAGUGUCUUUCUAUUUCUCAUUUGGUGCACGACGCAAACUUUUUCACUGUGGACUACAUAGAUGCUUUCAAAAUUGUACAUAAUCAAAAGGGUUAACUAGAUAAAGAAGGAACAGAAUUUCAGGAUGGAUAUGAAACGAGCUGAAAUGAUCAAGUCGGAGGCAGCAGUGGCAGCAGAUUCGACCGAUGGGCUUAUUAUCAAACAACGAAAAGGUUCAAAUGAUACGGAGACGACAGGUUCCGAAGACAGCCGGGAAUCCUGGGACAAUAAGGCUCAGUAUAUUCUAGCCGUCGUCGGUUUUGCCGUCGGGCUAGGAAAUGUUUGGCGUUUUCCUUAUCUGGCGCAGAAAAACGGUGGAGGUGCAUUCCUCAUACCAUAUACAAUAAUGUUGGCUAUAGAGGGUAUCCCGAUAUUUUAUCUCGAGCUUGCACUGGGACAGAGACUAAGAAAAGGCGCCGUCGGCGUCUGGAACGAUAUAUCGCCGUAUCUAGGCGGUAUCGGUAUUGCCAGCGCGAUAGUAUCGUUCUGGGUAGGGUUUUACUACAACACGAUCAUCGCAUGGUGCCUCUACUAUCUCGUGCAAAGUUUCAUGUCUCCUCUACCUUGGGCUGAAUGUCCGACAAGAACCGUCGGCAAUGUGACAGUUGUAGAAGAAGAAUGCCAGAUAAGUAGUCCGACGACAUAUUUCUGGUACCGGGAGACGUUAAAUAUAGCAGGUGACGUUGCCGACGGUGGCAGCAUGAACUGGUGGAUUGUUGUAUCGUUACUGGUUGCCUGGAUUAUUGUAUUUGUCUGCAUCUUCAAAGGAAUAGCCUCUAGUGGAAAGGUUGUUUAUUUUACGGCAACAUUCCCCUACCUGGUCCUGGUGAUUUUCUUCUUCCGGGGAGUGACCUUGGAUGGAUUUCAACAUGGUGUACAUCACUUCUUUGUUCCUGACUUUGGCAGGCUUGUAGAUCCUCAAGUAUGGUUGGAUGCAGCUACUCAGAUAUUCUUCAGCCUCGGUUUGGCAUUCGGAGGUUUGAUUGCCUUCGCAUCCUACAUGCCUGUAAGGAACAAUUGUUUUAAAGAUGCUGUGCUAGUGUCUGUUGUAAAUUGCGGAACGUCCGUCUUCGCUGGAGUAGUCGUAUUUUCUAUUCUAGGAUUUAAGGCAACACAGAGUUUUAAUAAUUGUAUGAUGGAGCGAAACGCGGAGCUUCAGAGAUUAUUCAACAGUACAUACAGUGAACUACCGACAACUGGGACCUUAGUUAACUUCACGAUGUUUAAUAACGAUACCAACACCUGGUAUACUGUAGUCGGAGAAAUGCCGGAACUGCCAACCUGUGAUUUGAAGCAGGAAAUAGAAAAGUCGGCAUCUGGUACCGGACUCGUGUUUAUGGCAUUUACCGAAGCUAUCAAUCAAUUUCCGGUUGCUCAACUUUGGUCUGUCCUUUUCUUUCUGAUGUUACUGACACUAGGUCUGGACAGUAUGUUCGGAAUGGUCGAAAGUGUCGUCACUUCUUUGAUGGACUUGAACUUGAUACCCAAAGCUAAGAAAUGGCAUUAUUUUACUGGGAUAUGUGGCGGAUCGUUUGUAAUGUCUCUAUGUUUUGCUAACCAGGCAGGGGCGUAUAUAUUUACCUUGUUUGACGAGUACAGUGGUAAUAUCCCCUUGCUGAUCGUCGCUCUCUCCCAGGUCCUCGCUGUAUCGUAUAUCUACGGCUUGAAAAGGUUUGGUGACGACAUUGAGUUGAUGACUGGACAAAGGCCAAACUGGUACUGGAUGGCCUGUUGGAAGUAUAUUUCACCUCUUGCUAUGACUGUCAUAUUAUUGGCCAGUCUUGGUAAUAUGUUUACAGGCACUACUUAUGAAGCAUGGCACAGUCAUCUGGGUGAAAACGUAACAAAGCCGUGGCCAUGGUGGUGUAAGUUUCUUGCAGCGUUUUUGAUUCUGACACCGACAUUGUGGAUUCCAGGAGUUGCUAUAGUAAAAUACCUUAGACUUUAUAAUUGGUCCCAGUCCGAGCCGGCAUUUUUCCCGCGGGAACAACUUCAAGAAGAGCUAGCCUUAAAGAAAACUUGCAACAACAAACAAAGUUCAAAUUUUAGGUCAACAUGGGAGCGAAAAUUGUUUUACUGGAUGCCUGUAUGUGGUGUAACGUAUGAAAAUGAAGCUAAGGUACAAGAACAAUGUGCAGCUGAAGAGGAAAACGCUUCUAUAGAUUCUGGGGAAGAGUCCCCUUGCUAAAUCACGAAAUAUUUGGACGCCAAGAUAGACAACUCUACAUACAUCAUUUUAACCAAGUGUAGUGUUAAUCUCCCUUGUGGAAUAAAUUUGAAUGACGAUUUUUUUUAAAUACGAUCUCUUGAUCUCUUUGAUCUCUUUUUUGUACUUUUUAUAUGUGUAUCAUUUUUAUCUUUUAUAUUUGUAAUAAAGAUCAUUUAAAUGCU